CCUGAGUUGGUGAAAAACGAAGAGUACGGUGAAAAAGUGGACAUAUGGUCGCUGGGCUGUUUGCUGUACCUCAUGUGCAAGCUGGAACCUCCGUUCGUUAGCAAAAAUAUGCUGGCCCUAAGUAGUAAAGUCUGUAUUUGUGUUAUUAUUAUUAUUGUUUUGGUGUUAUUUUUGUGGCUGUUGUUGUGA